CUGCACGAUAUCUCACUGACGGUACGCAAAUCCUUAUCAGUGAUUGGAGGAAUGGUGCUGUCAAUCACAGGACCCGCCCCCUGACUUUCUGACUCGUGCUGUCAACGAGGCGCUGAGGUCAAGAGAAAUGAGCAUGGCCGCUUUGUUUAGAGGGUGUUGGAAUUUUUAUAAAAGAAGCAAUAAACAUGUGGAGCUCACUUUGGUAUCCUGCAGAUCAAUGGCUUCCAAGACCCCAGUGGGUUUUAUUGGACUGGGUAACAUGGGGACACCUAUGGCUCGAAAUUUACUGAAGCAUGGAUAUCCUGUCAUUGCUACUGAUGUCUUCCCAGAGUCUUGCAAGGAGUUUCAGGACUCAGGAGCGCAGAUCCUGGAUUGCCCUGCUGAAGUGGCUGAUAAAGCUGACCGCAUCAUCACCAUGCUACCGUCCAGCCCCAACGUCAUUGAGGUUUACACAGGACCCAAUGGCAUACUUAAGAAGGUAAAAAAAGGCACCCUUCUGAUUGACUCCAGCACAAUCGACCCUGCAGUGUCCAAAGAGAUGGCUGUCGCUGCUGAGAAGAUGGGUGCUGUGUUCAUGGAUGCUCCAGUGUCAGGAGGUGUUGGUGCAGCCAGUCUAGCUAAACUCACCUUCAUGGUGGGCGGAGUUGAGGAGGAAUUUAAUGCUGCCCAGGAGCUGCUCACCUGUAUGGGAGCAAAUGUAGUGUACUGUGGCCAAGUGGGAAGUGGACAGGCAGCGAAAAUCUGCAACAACAUGCUGUUAGCAAUUGGCAUGAUUGGUACAGCAGAGACCAUGAACCUCGGAAUUAGACUGGGUUUGGAUCCAAAGCUGCUGGCAAAGAUUCUGAACAUGAGCUCAGGACGAUGUUGGUCUAGUGACAAGUAUAACCCUGUCCCAGGUGUCAUGGAAGGAGUGCCGUCCGCAAACAACUACCAGGGAGGCUUUGGCACAAAGCUAAUGGCUAAAGAUCUUGGUUUUGCUCAGAACACUGCGACCAGUACACGGACCCCAAUUCCUCUUGGUUCUUUGGCACACCAGAUCUACCGCACAAUGUGCGCUCAUAGCUACUCUAACAAAGACUUUUCCUCCGUCUUCCAGUUUUUACGAGAGGAGGGGUACAGUAGGUCAAGUGGAAGUGACCCAGACUCUGCGUGAGAAACAGACAUUAUGAUUGGCUGGUUUAGUAUUGAUAUGCAUGUGUGUCUAUUUUGAAAGGGAUGUUACAGGUAUGUUGAGGCUAAUGAGUGUAGCAUUAAGAGUCUGAUAUCUCUGUUAGGUUGUAGCCUGGUGUUGACAUUCAAAACUUUGCAGAACCAUUUUUAUCUAGUUCUGUAUGACCGGAUCAAACUGUUACUCAAGCCUGCUUACAUCACACAUUUACUGCAAAUGUUUACAGUUAUUCGUUUCCAUUUCAUUCUACUUUGAGCCAGUUCUGAGCCAAAAUUGAUUUUAGGUCCUGAUCAGAUGCUGCUAGAAAUGCUUUAGGACGCAUAAAACAUACCUCAUCUGUUUCAGUUUUGCUUAAACUGAAUCGAAAUUUUACAAAGUAGUGGGUCACUAAUUUUUUCUUGAAUAGUUACAUUAAAGGAAUAAGUCCCCCAAAAAUAAAAAUAAAAAAUGUUGAAAAUCUACUCUUCCUCAGGCCAUCCAAGAAGUAGAUGAACUCAUUGGUUUUUUCAUUGGAACAGAUUUGGAGUAAUUUAGCAUUACAUCA